AUGCUGGACACGCAACCUGCUAUUUACCAGACGGAGGUGCAAGUUUCCCCGUGCAAGCACAUUCAGGCCAGAAAGCAUCACUUUCCUCCCCCCCCCCCACCCUCCCGGACAAGGGCCAUCCCCCAGACUGUGCUCACAAAGCUGGGCACCCAAGGCGAACGCCCAACCACACCCAGCAUCAGCACGCAGCACAGCAACAUGGACCUUUAUGAACGUCCGGACCAGGGCAUGUCAGCAAGCAGAUGGAAGCGCAGCAUCAGCCAGAGGCCUCCUCCAGCCCCAUACCCCAGACCUCCCCCUUUCAAAGACGUCAUUGACUUAGAAGCUGAUGCUCAUCGGUGUCCUGACCAAUGUAUGGUACAGAAGCUUCUGCAGCGCGGUUGCCACAGGGGGAUGCUGGGGUUUGGGGGCUUGGAGGAGGCUCUGGCUGAUCUGGUGCUCUGUGAUCAGUUCUCCCCUGAACUUGCACUUGUCCGGGAGUUCAUAAAGUCAUGUGCUGAGCUGGUGCUGCUGAUGCUGGGUGAGGUUGGGCGUUCUCCUUUGGGGGCAACCAGCUUGGGGAGCACAGUGACUGGGGGAUGGCCGGGUCUGUGA